AUGGAAGAUCCUGUGUCUCUUACGCAUAAGUUGGUAGUAGAGAUGGUAGGAACAUUUUACUUUAUGUUCGUAGGAUUUGGUAUCACAUUGACAAAUAUUCAGAGUGAGAAUGGAGUGGCACCUCCUGCAAUUGCAAUUGUUUGGGGACUUAUAGUUGUGGCAUUGGUAUAUUGUCUUGGCCACAUCUCUGGUGGUCAUUUUAAUCCAGUUGUGAUAAUUACUCAGUCAUUAGCCAGAAGAAUACCAAAGACGCAGGUGCCAAUAUAUAUACUUGCUCAGCACAUCGGAUCAAAACUCGCAUUUGACGCUCUCAAAUUUAUAUUUGGUGAAAAAGAAAGUCGUUUUUUGAUAGGUCUUCCGGCUGAUUCUAACCUCCAAGCAUUUUUAAUGGAAUUUAUAAUCACUUUCUUUCUUAUGCUCAUCCUCUCUAGAGUCUCCACAAGUAAUAGAGCGAUAGGUGAAUUGGUUGGAUUUGCAGUUGGAACAACAAUCAUUCUAAGCAUGUUAUUUGUUGGACCGUUUACAAGAGCAGCUAUAAGAGCAUCAAUGAAUCCAACAGAAAGAUUAAGCUCAACUAUUGUGCACCAUGAAUAUAAAGAUUUGGAGUCACCUAUAUUAGGAACUUUGGCUGGCUCAUUGACGUAUACUUUCUUCAUAUUUACAAACAAGCUUUUCUCAAGCUACUCUUCAUGA